GUGCCGUACCAGGCUGCGGCACCCUGCCCUGCCUCGUUCUUCUUUCUUUCCCGUACCCCCACCAUCGUCGUAAGCGAUGAACUCGAGAACAGCCUGGACUUCCAGCCCCGGGACUGUUGGCACACUCAUCGUAGUCAUACUGAAAGCGAGAAACCUUCCCAAUAAACGACACAUUGGAAAGCAGGAUCCAUACUGCCUAGCGACGUUCAACGGCGAGAAGAAGAGGACCAGGGCCAUCAAGCGUGGUGGUCAGCACCCCGAGUGGGAUGAGGAGUUUCGCUAUGAGCUCUGGGAUGACGAUGCCUCAGAGCAGAACGCACCACUAGGCCCGAAUGGCACGCCUCCGCCUCCGCCGCCCAAGAAGAAGAGUCUACCGAAGAUCAAGGGUGGAAGAUUCCUGAAUAUCGCUUGCUAUGCUGAGGACAUCCGCGAGCCAGACUUUAUUGGAGAAGUCAAAGUCGAUCUGGAGGAAGUCUUGACAAAGGGAGAGACAGAUGAAUGGUUUACUCUCAUGAACAAGGACAAGUACUCAGGCGAAGUGUACAUCGAGCUCACAUUCUGGUCCAAUGAACCUGUGCCAGUCGCGAAGAAGCAGGCCAAGGCGAAGACUCACAGGCAUUAUGGCGGCCCUGGCGAGUUUACACCCGCAGAUGAUUCCAGAGCAUCUAUUGGCACUGCGUCGGCUGGUUUAUCGGUCUCAAGUCUUUCCACGGCCAACUCUCUAUAUGACGUUGCACGACGCGAAGCCAUUCCUCCCUCCCUAAGGCCAUCAAGCUCAUUGGCGCAGAUUGACCUCUACAAAGCGCCUUACGAGACGAAUCGUUCGCAUCACAGCGUUUCGUCUGUGAGUUCCAUGACAAAUGAUUUCGGCCAGCUUAGUGUGCAGCCGCAGUAUACUGGCAGGAGGACGAGCAUGCCACCGAUGCACAGCGGGUUCCAGUCGCGGCAGUCGACAAUGUCCUCCUCGUCAUCAGUCUAUCUAGAUCAACCUCAGUCUGACUUCAGUAAUGAUCCGUACGUGUACGCUGCGCAGGAUGGACAGCAAUACAACUAUGAUGGUUCAAUAUCACCAAAUCCCACCGGAUAUCAAUCCUUCCCGACUCAGCCCGCCGUACCCGCGAUGUAUAAUCCUCCAUAUGAGACUACGCCUCGCCCAAGCACUGUCUUGCCAGGCCACGCGCGCCAGACAAGACGAAGUUUGCCUCCUACUUCGUCCGGAUUUGUACCGACCCCUGCCUCGUCAGGGUUCGUACCUAUUGUACAGCAAAACACUGGAUAUUACCCGCCCAUCUCGGCAACUCCAGCACCAAUGCAUAACCAUGCACCCCCUCGUCCACCCUCACAUGGAGGACAUCCUAGCUUAUACAGUGCACAUACAGCGCCAGUUGGUCCUGUACCCACGCCAGCACCAUCAAAUUUCUCAGCUGUUUCUCAACAAUACCCUCCAUCGCCCGGGUUUGCCCCGUCGAGCUCAUACCAGCAUAUACC